CACUUUGCUACUGGCCUUUCUGGCGCGCUCUAUCUGUGUCUUGCUUGUGAAUAAUAAUUCUCUCUUCUGCUUCUUUAUAACCCCUUCACGGGCUGACCAAAUUAUAUACACUACUAAUUCGAUUUAGAGUGAGAAAAGAAAGAGAAAAAGAUCAAAAGAUUUCAUCGAACUAGCACAGAAAGUAAAAGUACUUUACUGUGUUAGCUUUCUCGUCGGCAACGAGUCCAAUGGACGAUGAAAAUUGGGUUCUGGUGAGAAGAUCCACAGACAAAGACUACUGGAACCCAAGCUCCUCCGUAGACGCAGAGCCUUCGAAGCCUCUCAAGGUUAGGUUCAGUGAACCAGCCAAGCACUGGACCGAUGCUAUUCCCAUCGGCAAUGGCCGUCUCGGUGCUAUGAUUUGGGGCGGUGUCGCUUUGGAGACUCUUAAUCUCAAUGAGGACACGCUUUGGACUGGGAUUCCUGGGGACUAUACAAACCCAGAUGCUCCAAAGGCACUAUCAGAGGUCAGAAAACUUGUUGACGAUGGUCAAUAUGCCGAAGCCACUGCAGCUGCAGUCAAACUGUCAGAUAAUCCUUCUGAUGUUUACCAACUUCUAGGCGAUAUCAAGCUGGAGUUUGAUGAAUCCCAUGUUGCAUUUGCUGAGGAAACCUAUAGGAGGGAGCUAGACUUGGACACUGCAACAGUAAAAGUUAAAUAUUCCGCAAGCGGUGUAGAAUUCACAAGAGAACAUUUUGCUUCAAAUCCAGAUCAAGUGAUUGUGACAAAAAUUUCUGGAAGCAAAUCUGGGUCUUUGUCCUUCACAGUAUCUCUUGACAGCAAGUUGCACCAUACUUCACAUGUAAAUGGUAAAAAUCAAAUUAUCUUGGAAGGAAGUUGUCCUGGUAAAAGAAUCAAACCUAAACUGAAUGAAAAUGACAAUCCAAAAGGAAUUCAGUUUUCUGCUGUUCUUGACCUACAAAUUAGUGAUGGUGUGGGUGUGAUACAUGUUAUGGACGAUAGGAAGCUGAAAGUUGAGGGUUCAGAUUGGGCUGUCAUGCUUCUGGUGGCUUCAUCUUCUUUUGAUGGGCCAUUCACUAAGCCUUCAGAUUCUAAAAAGGAUCCUACUUCAGAGUCGUUGAGCACAUUAAAUUCAAUAAGAAAGUUGUCAUAUACUGAUCUUUACACACGUCACUUAGAUGACUAUCAGAAACUUUUUCAUCGUGUCUCGCUGCAGCUUUCUAAAAGCUCUAGGAAUGUUACUAAUCUAUAUUCAGAAGGAGGUGAAGAUGAUACAGUUUCAACUGCAGCGAGGGUGAAAUCUUUUAAAACUGAUGAGGAUCCCUCUUUGGUGGAGCUACUAUUCCAGUAUGGUCGAUAUCUGCUUAUUUCUUGUUCACGGCCUGGAACUCAGGUGGCAAACCUGCAGGGAAUAUGGAACAACAAAAUUGAGCCACCAUGGGAUGGAGCUCCUCACUUGAAUAUCAAUCUUCAAAUGAACUAUUGGCCUUCCCUUCCUUGCAACCUCAAGGAGUGCCAGGAGCCAUUGUUUGAUUACACUUCAUCUUUGUCUGUGAAUGGGAGUAAAACUGCAAAAGUGAACUAUGAAGCUAGUGGCUGGGUUGUACAUCAAGUGUCUGAUAUAUGGGCCAAAACAUCUCCAGAUCGAGGUGAAGCUGUAUGGGCUUUGUGGCCAAUGGGUGGAGCAUGGCUUUGCACACAUCUCUGGGAGCAUUAUUCUUAUACAAUGGAUAAAGAUUUUCUGGAAAAAAUGGCAUAUCCCUUGCUGGAAGGUUGUGCUUCAUUUUUGUUGGACUGGUUAAUUGAAGGCCGGGGAGGAUAUCUGGAAACCAACCCAUCAACAUCACCUGAACAUACUUUUAUUGCUCCUGAUGGUAAACCUGCUAGUGUGAGCUUCUCAUCAACCAUGGACAUGGCAAUCAUAAAAGAAGUUUUUUCCGCCAUUGUUUCUGCUGCAGAGAUCUUGGGAAGAAGUAAGGAUGUUCUAGUUGAACAAGUUCGUACAGCCCAACCACGGCUUUAUCCAACAAAAAUUGCUAGAGACGGUUCCAUUAUGGAAUGGGCGAAAGAUUUUGAGGACCCAGAGGUGCACCAUCGGCAUGUAUCGCACCUAUUUGGCCUGUUUCCUGGGCACACAAUAACUGUUGAGAGAACUCCCGACCUCUGUAAAGCUGCAGACAAUACCCUUUAUAAAAGAGGGGAAGAUGGUCCUGGUUGGUCAACGACAUGGAAAACUGCCUUAUGGGCGCGUCUUCGCAACAGCGAGCAUGCAUAUCGGAUGGUCAAGCAUUUAUUUGACUUAGUGGAUCCUGAUCAUGAAAGUGACUUUGAAGGAGGCCUUUACAGUAACCUGUUCACUGCACACCCUCCUUUCCAGAUUGAUGCCAACUUUGGUUUUUCUGCAGCAGUGGCUGAAAUGCUUGUCCAGAGCACACUGAAGGAUCUGUACCUACUUCCUGCUCUUCCCCGUGAUAAAUGGGUGAAUGGCUGUGUUAAAGGGUUGAAAGCACGUGGUGGUGUGACGGUCAAUAUCUGCUGGAAUGAAGGUGAUCUCCAUGAAAUUGGCCUUUGGUCAAAGAAUCAAAAUUCUAUCAAAAGAUUACAUUAUAGAGGAACGACUAUUUCAGCAAAAAUAUUACCUGGCAGAGUACACACAUUUAAUAAGCAGUUAAAAUGUGUGAAAACGUACUCUCUCUCAGAAGCGGCUUUUCUUUGAACUCUCAGAUCAACUUAGUCUUUUUGAAGAGUGUUUACUUUCUUAGUUCCAGUCAAAUUUUCAGAGGAAAUUAAAAUUUUCCUAUUUUUUUUAGCUGCUUUUCUUUUCCAUUUUUUUUUUAGGAAUUUAGGGGUCGGGAUAAAUGAUUUAUUUAUUCAUUUCUUCCUAUGGUACAUUUCAUAACAUAUUUUUUGGAAAAUUAUUCAUUUCACAGUUUAACAAAUUCUUACUUUUUUUUUAUCAGUGAUUGCAAUUUAUUGUC